AUGUGGAAAUUUUGGAUUGCUACCCUAGUCGGCGUGGGCCAUGCGUCGCAGACCGUGCUCCGACCAGAGCCCUCGACAUCGGACUUCACCACAUUUCGAAGUGCAAAUUCACCUCAUUCGAUACGUAUCCGGCAACAAAACGAGUCUAUCUGUGCUGCAGGCUCGGCGCAGUACACUGGAUGGCUAGAUAUUGGGCCGAAGCACCUGUUCUUCUGGUACUUUGAAAGUCAGAAUGACCCCAUCGCUGACCCACUAACGUUAUGGAUGAAUGGUGGGCCCGGAGGCUCCAGUCUGAUCGGCCUGUUCGAAGAAAAUGGCCCAUGUCUGGUAAAUGAGUACGGAAAUGGGACCGUUUAUAAUCCAUGGGGUUGGUCUCGAAACUCCUCGUUACUUUUCGUUGACCAGCCGGCCGAUGUGGGCUGGUCCUAUAUUGACGAGGGGCACGAGGUACCGCGCGAUUCUCACGAGGCCGCAGUUGACAUGCACCGUUUUCUCCAAAUAUUUGUAUCUGAGGUCUUCCCACACAAACGCGACUCGCCUUUCCAUAUCUCCGGUGAAUCUUAUGCAGGCAAAUACAUCCCCUACCUCGGGGUUGAGAUUGUGACUCACAACCAGCAAUAUCCCUCAGAGCCCCAGAUCAACCUCAAGUCAUGUCUGAUAGGUAAUGGCUUCAUGUCAUCCAAAGACAUUACCUUCGGGUACUGGGAGACGCUUUGCACAACCAAUCCUGGCGUUUCCGCGCCCGUGUUUAACCAGACCCGGUGCGAUAUGAUAGCUGCCAACAUGCCACGAUGCAUGGAGCUCUACGAUACUUGCAUUAGAAGUCCUGACGUUGCAAUUUGCACAGCGGCAUAUUCUGUUUGCUACAAAGGAAUUGUCGGUUUGUACGAGGAUGAGAGCAAGAAGGGAGGCCGUAACCGCUUCGACAUCACUGCCCCAUGCUACAUUGAUGAUAUAUGCUACGAAGAGGCCGGCUACAUCGAGCAGUAUCUGAACUCCCCUGUGGUCCGAGAAGCCCUAUCGCCGCCGGAAGGGGCCAAGGGGUACAAAUUGGAAUCCAGCGCGGUGGUUGACGCCUUUGCAACAACACCAGAGGCGAUGACAUCUUCCUCCGACCAUAUCAUUUUCCUGCUUGCUCAUGGGGUACAUUUCCUAGCCUACCAAGGAAACCUUGACUUAGCUUGCAACACGGCAGGAAACCUCCGAUGGGCGAACUCGCUCGCAUGGAAGGGACAGACUGAGUUUACAUCGAAGCAGUUGCUUCCUUGGACAUCAAUUGUUGCGGGACGUAAUGAAACGGUCGGCACCGCGAAAGAGGUCUGGGUACAGUUGGACGGCCUGUCAGAGGCAUCGCGGUUUGCAUUUGUGACGGUUAAUGGGGCAGGCCAUAUGCUUCCCCAGAAUCGUGGUGAUGUGGCGUUUGACAUUUUGACCCGAUGGAUUGCGGGUGAUGCCUUUGCUUAG